UCGAGAACAAUCUCUCAAUCUCCCAUAUUCCGUGGUCUGUUCACACUAUCAGGCCUUUUAUCUCCUCGCAACUGCUUCUACUCUACAACCAUCAACCAAAUACACAGCUCACAAUGUCAGAAACCAUCGUCGAGCAAGCCUCGACCGCCGCUCCGCUCUCCCCCUCCGGAACAAUGUCGACAGCAAAGUUCCCGCCCACGCUGGCCUCCAUCACCUUCCCUGCCCCGCCACCGCUCCCAAAGACCAUCGUCUCCAAAGACGACAUUGAAUCCAACAUCGCCGCAUACGAGACCCUGCUGACCGCCGCUGCCGCCCUCAGAACCGCGCUCGCCCAGGUCGCCGAGGCCGAGAACGACUUUGGCGCAGCGCUGCAGGCAUGUGCAAAGUGCCGUGGCGCUGGCGAAUCGAGAGACGGCCUGAGUUCAGCAUCGGGUCUGCAGUUUCUUGCCGCGAACCACCAGCGUAUUCUGGCCGAGAGUUUUCCGCAGGGAUUUGAGGCGCCGAUCAAGAACGAGCUCGAGAACUACAAGAAGCUCACCAAGACCCACGAGGAAAACUUCCAGAAGGAGACGAUCGCCCGCACAAAGCAGCUUCGCAAGACCGAGAAACAGAACGUCAAGCUCGGCAAAAAGAAGCAGCGUAACCUUGAGAGCUACCGCAGUGCGCUCAUGGACCUCACCAGCCAAGUCGACGGGCUGGAGAAGCUGAAGUACGACUACUUCAAGUACUCGCUCGACAUCACGCAAGAGAUCUCGGCAAAGAUCCUCAAGCAUGCUACCUGCAUCACUCGCGCCGAGGUUGAGAUGUUUGAAGGUGUUGCUCGGAAAGGAGUCUCGGGAGAAGGUCUAGAUUCUGUGCUCGAGCACAGCGAAGAUCCGUUCCAGUACAUCGCCAUCGAGGUCUCGGAGCCGGCCGCGGAAGCUGCCCUCCAGGCAAACGGACACACCGAGCCAGUCAUCCCGCAUUCAUCGAUCGUACCCUCUGAAGAAGGAAUCGAGGAAGACAUCAGAUUCUCCGACGAAGCAGCCGCCGUGGCCGCCCAGCAGCACUCCGAAGAAGAGGAUCAUGAAGAAGCCGAAGCUGCCUCUGCCUCUGCUUCUGCUCCUGCUCCUGAAGAUUCUAGUGCCUCGCCACCUGCUGUUGAGGGUGUCGCUGACGACUGGGCUGGAGAUAAAGCCUCCGUCGCAGAGAAUGCUGAAUAGCAGCAAGAAUCUACCACAAUGAUGAUCAUGACGACGACGAAAACAACAAAACUAGUGUUACUCCGCCGGGCAUUCGGCGACUUUGUGGGUUUAUUGAUUUGCCUAUCUCUAUUUUAUUCUAUCUUGCUGGCGACCGAAUACUCGGUCCGCGCUAUGGAAAUCUGCUGGUGUUGGUCUAGAGCUGCGAUUUUGUUUUGUUUGCAGCGAUUUUGGUCGGGUUUA